ACACUGAGCCGGUCCUCAGCUUGCUUCGCCUGGAAAAAAUUGAUCAGCUGAAAAAUCUCGAGAAAUUCUGAAUUAAACUUCAAAAACAGUUGCACAGCAAUUAAAAAAAAUACACAAAUUUAAUAGCGUUCUUUCUGCACAAUAUUCAUCGACGGAGUAAUACACAAACAACUAGAACAUAAUCCACAACAGCAACAGUAAUAAAAAACAGAACUUAAUUGCAUUUCAAAACGGCUACGUGUUCCUUAAUAACUGUAAAACUAUUUGAUAAAAAAAAUAAAAAGUGUAAAAAAUAUUAUACAAAAAGAGAGCAAGAGGGAUACAGUGAUAGUGUUAGUGAUAGUGAUAGUGAGUGCAAGUAUUUUGGGCAUUUGAAGCAAUGUCAGCCACUUCCACACGCAAUAAACACUCAAAGAUCCACGGCAAUGAAAAGGUGGACAUAACCAAGGACGAGUUCGCUCGCAUGCGUCUCGCCUUGCAAGACGAAGAGUUUCGCAAAUUGUUCUUCGAUUACGUCGACGAAAUCCAAGAUCCCGAAAACCGUAAAAUCUACGAACAGGAGAUAACCCAACUGGAAAAGGAGCGUGGCGUCGAUGUCACAUUUAUCCAUCCCAAACCCGGUUUUGUGGUUAAAACGGCCAUCGAUGGCGAACUGAAGUGUUUCAUCAAUAUUUGCGGCUCACAGAUUGUGGAGAGGCCCAACAAUGAGGUUGCCAUCAAUUCGGAAACGGGCGAAAGGGGCCUCACCUGGUCCAUACCGAUGGCCCAGGCACCGGCUCGCGACGAUAUCGAUGCCAACAAGAAGCUUUGCAAGGUCUUCGACGUCGUCUUCCAUCCGGACGCCUUACAUCUCGGUACGCGUAACUCACAGUUCCGCAAAUGUCUGAUAGACACCGCAUUGGAUGGCGUGGAACGCGAGUUUAAUGUCAAUUUAGAUCGUGCCAAUCUCAAGUAUCCCAAACUCGAUUACAAGGGCGAACCGCAUGCCACUGUGAUCCGCAAGCUGUCCAAGAAUGCCACGGCCGAGGAGCGCGAACCACAUCCACUGGAGCACACGUACCCCAAGAAACCAGAGGCAAAUGCCGGCAAGCCCAAAGUGCUGCCCAUGAAGAAGAAUGUGACGUCGACGCCGACGUUUGCGGUGCCCAAGUACAGCAUUAAGCACAGCCACGAUAUCGAUAUGGCCCAGUACACGGAUGAGCUGGACGCCAAGCUCCAGGUGACUAUACCACGAGCACUUAUCGUCGAAAUCGAAUUGCCGCUGCUCAGCUCGACAGCAGACUGUCAACUGGAUGUGACGGAGAAGUCUGUCUAUCUGCUCAGUGAGCGUUCGGGAGCCAAAUAUCGCCUAAAAUUGGAUCUGCCCUACACCGUGGAUGACAAGUCGGGCAAUGCCCGGUUCGACACCGAGCACAGGCGUUUGUGCAUCACGCUGCCCGUGGUGCGUUCAUCGGCUCGCGAGCAGCGCCAAAUGCACGACAAUGUGCGCAUCCUUAGUCGCGAGGAUAGCGGCGUGGAGCUGAACUCCAACAGCGAAUCGCCUGCCGAGGAUGAGGAAGCCGGCAGCGAAGCCAUUGUUGAGCUGACAACGAUGCAGCAGACGCAAACUGAUAAUUUCGAUGCAUUCCCCCCGCGCCAGUCGUUCCUGAAGAGAGAUCUGCAUUAUCAGAUGGUCGCCAAUUUUGACUGCAACAUUGUGGAGAAUGUGAUGGCGUUUCUGCUGCACGUGCCCAAUGUGCAGCCGGACUCGAUGCGGACAGUGAUAAGGGAGGGACGCAGUGUGCAUCUGCAGUUCGCCUCCAUGGGCAGUGGCUAUUAUCCCACCAACUAUGCGUUCCUAGUGCAGCUGCCCGAUGCAGCUGAUCCCCAGCUGCACAUCGAUCACGUCGAACCGGAUGCCUCCGAUGAUAAUGUCGUCCUUAGACUGUUUAUGAGCGAGUCCUGCAUGACACUGCCUAGCUAUCUGGCUGGACCCGAUGCCACUGAUCUCACUGAGUAUGCUUGUUUUCCUCCGUGCAAGACGAAUAUUGAGGAUGAGAACUGCGACUUGGAGUUGGAUAAACCACUGCGCAUUAGCACGUAUCACAAUGAGUUAAACAAAUCAAUCGAGGUGACUAUUAUUCCACAAGACAUCAGCGAGCAAGUGCAUCAAGAGCAACAACAAGAGGAGGAGGAAGAGGAGGAGCAACAUGAACAGCAGCAGCACCAGCACAAAAAGGGGAACAAGAAGCAGCGCAAGCGCAACAAGAAGCAACGCUCGCUUUCCGAAUCCGCAUUUGAGGAUCUCAAGGCGGAACAACAACAGCAACACCAGAAGCAGCAGCAGCAACAAGAGAAACUGCCUGAGAACUCGUCGCCUGAGAGUCUCAACGCCGGCAGCUCGGAGCCUGUGGCAACGCUGAAGUUGCCACAGCGCAAGCAGCGCAGCUUCUCGGAGUGCAACGACAGCAGCAGCGUUCAACGUGGCAUAUUGAAGCGUUUCAGUCGCUACGGACCGCGUCCCUCCAUCUCCGAGAGCAGCUCCUCGAUCGAUGACUGCUCCUCUUCGUAUUCAUGCUCUGUGGAUGCGGCUGGCAUCGGUUUCUCCCAUUCAUUUGGCGGCAUACCCGAGGAGCGGGUUAUCGCUGAUGCAGAGCUGUCGGAGAGCUGCAAGAAGACUGUUAGAUUUAAUGAUCACAUCAUGAAAAAGAUGUUCAGACUCGACUCGAGCAUUCUGGGCCAGCGUAAGAAGAAUCAGAAGCGUCGCGAUUGCAAAUUGCGCGCUCAACAGCGUCGCGUCAGCGAGGGCGACUCCGUCGACUACGAGGAGGUGGAGCACGCCUCCAACGGGCAGCAGACUGCCAACAAGACCGCUGCCAAUGCACAGUAUUUCAAGCAGCCACAAAACAACAAUAAUCGUAGUUAUAGCAAGAAUAACAAGAACCAGUCGCUGCACGACAGUGGUCUGGACUUGACCAACAACAAUAAUCACAACAACGAAGAGGAUACUAAACGCAAUGAGGCUGAUGCUAAAAAUGCCAUGAUCUUCGAAAUGGAUGAUGAUGAUGAUGAGGAUAUGUAAGAGUCGUAAAACAAACAAGUGUAGUGGACAUCUACUGCUCUCCUGCAGGUUGUCAAAGAAUUUUUGAAACUAUUAUUGUACUGAACUUUAUUUUUUAUUUUGAACAAGAAAUGUUUUUAGUUGUAAUCGGUAAGUGUUGUUGUUUAUAAGCAGCAAACACGCGCUCAAUUUAAUAACCAUAUACAAUUAUAAAUUGUUUAGAUACAUGCAUACAUAGUAUAUAGUAAUAACUGAUUUGAUAAUGAAUAAAUGAUAAAUCAGGGCAAAACACCACAUCAAAAUCAAAAAUCGAGAACUAAAAACUCUACUUAUGUACAUGGUUAUAUAUAUAUUCACACAUACAUACAUCUAAUUGUUAUUUAAUUUGGUUAAACUCAUUGGAGAGUUGUUAAAUUUCAACGUUUGUAAUUUACUAAUUUAGUUUUAAAUUUGCAUUUCCAUUUGAAUAUUAUAUACACAAACACACCCACAUGCAGAACAUAUAGAAAUAUAUAUAUAUAUACAUUUAAUGCGAAAACGAUUCUCUCAUCAUAAAGUUGAUUUAAACAAUGGAAAACUACAAAUGUCAACUAACAAAAAAUAUCAAUAGUUAACAAUGCAUAUAAUCACGUAAAACAAAUAUGAUGCAUACUUAGUAUGUAAGCUAUUUACACAUUGAACUGGCUGCCGACAAUGAAUGUACGUGUAGUAUUUUAACUUUUUUAGUAAACCUAAAGUUGAAUAUACAAUAUAUAUAU